AUGGCGGAGGGGCAGGUCCUGCUGCUCGAUGGCCGAGGCCAUCUCCUGGGCCGCCUGGCAACCAUCGUGGCCGAGCAGGUGCUUCUGGGUCAAAAGGUGGUGGUUGUGCGCUGUGAGGGCAUCAACAUUUCUGGCAAUUUCUACAGAAACAAGUGGAAGUAUCUGGCCUUCCUCCACAAGCGCAUGAACACCAACCCCUCCCGCGGCCCCUACCACUUCCGAGCCCCCAGCCACAUCUUCGGGCGGACAGUGCGAGGCAUGCUGCCCCACAGGACCAAGCGAGGCCAGGCCGCUCUGGACCGCCUCAAGAUGUUUGAGGGGAUCCCGCCACCCUAUGACAAGAAAAAGCGGCUGGCGGUUCCCGCCGCCCUCAAGGUUGUGCGUCUGAAGCCUACGCGGAAGUCUGCCUACCUAGGGCGCCUGGCUCGUGAGGUUGGCUGGAAGUACCAGGCAGUAACAGCCGCCCUGGGGGAGAAGAGAAAGGACAAGGCCAAGAUACAUUACCGGAAAAAGCAGCAGCUCACGAGGCUACGGAAGCAGGCCGAAAAGAACCUAGAGAAGAAAACUGACAAAUUCACAGAGGUCCUCAAGACCCAUGGAUUCCUAGUCUGAACCCAAUAAAAUUGACUGUUUAUUCUUCAUGCUUGGCCUGGCCUGCCCUUCCUCCAUCGGCACCCUAGGAUGUGGGGGACCCCCAGGGGCUGCCAUCCAGGUGCCACAGGCAGCCUGCGGCUU